GAGAGGGGGAGAUUGCGAUGGUAAUUGUCUUAUUCCACUUGGAUGGCCAAAAUCUUUAGAGUACUGUGGCGCUAGCAAUUUAAUAGUCGGCGAGCCUAGCACUUGGAAAACACUUGGAAUAAUACUUGUAUCAUAAAGCGUUUGUACGUGGAGGGACUUUCAAGUACUUUUGUUUGUUUGUAAUUUCAUGAAAAUAGUGAUACAUAAUAUUUAUUAGUGUUAUUUUUAAUUUUUAUCAUUUUAUUUGAUUGAUGAGAAAGUGGUUCUAGGAUUAUCGAAUUCAUCGAUUAAAUGAACGUCCAACAUUCAUCUACUGUUUUUGAUUUACAUGCCGAUCGGUACAUAUCACGAAAUUCCAAAACCGCGAGGACAUACUUUCCAACUGUUCGGAUUUUGUGAUUCCUUAUCAUUGAGAGGUGAACAUCAAAUGGAUUUUUACCGAUUAUUUUGAGGAGAGAGGUUUUGGGGUGAGAUUAUUUUUUUAAUUUGCGUUUGAUUCCGUUUUUCUGAGUUUUGAAUGAAGAUAUCCAACCAUUUAAUCAAGAGAAAUAUCUCACUAACGACUUGAGAGAGAUGUUCAUAAAACAAGGUUGAAAAUAGUUUAGGGAUAGUCUCUUCAAAGCCCCCUGGCUGGCAAGGUUGAUUCUAUCUGUAAUGAAAAUUUUCGGUGUUCGUUAAAUAUUGCCCUCGCGGACAGGGCAAACAUAACUUCGGUGGAACGAGAUGUCGAAGUAAAUCCCACCCGCAACUUCUCACAUUGUGAACUUUCGGAAAAGUGAUGAAAACCACUUUAACUUUGGAAUAUUUUCAGACCUGUUUCACAGUUUUCUUGAAGAUUAUCCAUUUCCUUUGCUAAAGAAAAGUGCUUCUUUAAAAGAGUUUUUCUAAAGAAUUGAUUUCGCAGUCCUCAAAGAGACUUUUCUGUUGUUAUAUGGUGUCCCUGCUGGGUCGAUUUUCGCAGUCCAAUACCUCGUGUGUAUUGAUAGCGUUGCGAGCCCCUUUUCUGUCCAGUCGUGUUUAAAUUGAGAUUUGUGUACUUUAAUUAUUUUCACCUGUGAUCUACCUUUGGCAAGGAUUACAUCGAAUUCCGUACAUCGCCGGCUUUCUAUUAUUGUCAGAAUGUAAACAACGAUUGCAAUGAGAAUUUUUACCAUAAAGUCGAAUCGUGAACACACACCGUAAACGCAUUUAAAUUUCUGCCCAAUUCGUUUUUACAAAAAAAAGGGUAAAAUAUUUAAGAAUGGGAUUUGAUGUGAACAAUUUCGUGACCACAGUUCGCGAGGAGAUGAUAUGUGAGUUGUGUUGCGGGGUACUGGACAAUCCUUUACGAACCACGUGCCGGCACAUAUUCUGCUCAGGGUGUAUCCUCCCGUGGGUGGUUCGAACCGGAAAGUGUCCCAAGGGGUGCCAGCGCCUUACCCCAGACGACCUUACAAAUGAGUUAGAGUUGAGGGACUGCAUACUGAAUUUGAGUGUUCACUGUGAAUUUCGUAGUAGAGGAUGCAAAAGACUGGUUCGUCUGCGAGAUAUUGGGGUUCACAAAACAGACUGUGAGCAUCGGCCCGUCCCCUGUCCAAACGAAGACUGUAAAGUGAUUAUGAACAUCAGGGACCUCGAGAAACACGUCACAGGCAAUUGUCCAUAUAAGGAAGUAGGGGUCUGCCAGAAAGGAUGUAGUCUUGUUUUGCUGCAAAAAACGGCAGACUCACAUGAAUGUGUUUCCGCUUUACGAUCAUACAUCGCUGGUCAGGAAAACGAAAUAAAUACCAUGGAAACAAAACUGCAGUUGGUCAGUCUAAAUGCCGCUAAAAGGGAACACGAACUUCUGAGUCAAAUUGCUUUUCUCCAUAACGAAAAUCAGCUCCAAGUUCUGGAGUUUAACAGGAAGCUGAACGAUAUUUCGACGAAGCCUAGAAAACGCGACAAGAGCGUUAACGCUGCCACGAACACCGAUGAUGCUGUGUGGCUGGUUGUGACGGUCUCCCUGCACAGAGUGAACGGUUCACUAGGCUUCAACAUCAUGGGAGGAUACACGCCUGAACCUAAUAACAACGAGGCUGAGAAACAAGAGGAAUUAUCUGGAGGGGUGAUGGUUUCCAAGGUAACGGAGAGCAGCCCUGCAGAAAAGAAUGGACUGAAGAUUCAUGAUGUCAUUACUCAGGUAAAUGGUCAGGAUUUGUCACAAGCAAGUCACGAGGAAGCAGUGGAAGCGUUCCGUGCGGCGUCCGAGCCAAUCACCGUCGAGGUUCUUAGACGUGUCAGCAAAAAUAAAAUGAAAAACACCCCACCGACCAUGGUGUCCACAUCUACCCAGACUGAAGAGGAGCUCUAUGGGAGACCCCCCACCCCACCGUUCUUCACCUAUUCCCCAGGUCUAUACCAGGCCGGCACUAGAAGACCCCUAGCCUUUUCCCCCAGUACGGACAUGGGACUAACAGAUAUAGAAAUGGCACACAACCUGGAUUAUGAUGAUCCAUACUUCGAUGACAGAGUGGGAUAUGAAAUGGAGUACGAGGAGGUGAUUUUACACAGAUCGGUAGAAAACCAGAAGCUGGGCCUCACUCUGUGUUACGGAUCCCUGGAAGAUGAAACCACAGACAUCUUUAUCAGUGAGGUUGAGGCUCAUAGUGUAGCUGCUCAGGACGGGCACAUCAAAGAAGGGGACCAAGUUCUCCAGGUGAAUGGGGUAGACGUGCGAAGUCGGGACCAAGCAAUACAGCUAUUCUCAGAAAGAGGCUCGGAUAUAAGGCUUCUUCUGGCAAGACCCCAGUUGCAGCUGGAUGAUGGGUUCAUGGAGGAUCAGAAUGUGACCCUGGAUGAUUUACAUAUGGAUAUUCUUGAAAAACAUCACCGUGACAACAUGCAAAUCAUGGCCUCCAUGCUGGCACGGGGUCACAUGGAGGAAGAAGGGGGCACAACUGACACCGCCACAACAGAAAAUUCACUCCACAAGCAUGAAAAGGACAGUGGUGUUGGCCGUACGGAUGAAAGCACUAGGAACGACGAAAGCUCUGAACAGGAUCCUUUCGAUACAGAGUGUACCAAUUCUCCGGCAGCAACCUCCAGGUUCCGAAGAAAGGAUCUGAAUUACAGUGACGACAGUGUGUUGUCCAAUGAAGUGACUGAUCACGACACUAAUGUGACAGACUAUGGAAAUGAAUGUGACAGUUUUCGUGCUCAUCUAGAGAGCAGGUGUGUAAAUAACAACAUGGAGAGCUCUCCUCAGAAGAACUCCGGGAGAAAAGACUCGGUGAGCAGCAUUGAGCGCGAGCUUGCUCUUUUAAAUAAAGAAAUGGAAACUAUACACAUGGAGUGUCAAGAAAUGUGUGACAAACACACAAAAGACAUUACUACUAAACAGCAGCAUCAACGAGAAGCUGUGCAAAUUAAAAGUCCAAGAAUUGUGCCUAGAAUGGGGACAAGGCUCGAAUAUCUAAAAUAUGUGCAAUUAUAUGACAACCCAAAUUCCUGGGAUCGCCGCGACACCUUACCCAAGCCUACUACUCAACAGCCAAAAAGUCAAUGUGAAAAGGACGCGUCCACAACCACAAGUGCUUACAAUACCGGCGAGAGCUGUCGAAGCACACCACUCACACUAGAACUUAACCAAGGCUCAGAUGAAGGAGAUUUCAAAAACUCUAUGUUGUGCUUGGCACCAUCCAACACCAAUGUUUCAGCAUUAAGUGACACUGAGAAACAGACCCAGACCCCGUGUGGUCCGAACGAUGGUUCUAGUGAUGACUACCAAUCCAUCGCUGCGGACUUCAAGGAGUCGUCCACACUGCAGAAACAGAACUGCAUGGGCGAAUCGCUCCAGGAUCUGUACAUGCAGUAUGCUGACGUGAUGUACACAAACCAAGCAAAUCUGCAGCACACAAUAGCCAUUCAACAAAAACUUUUUCAACAACAAAUUGAACAAAAUCCAAUGAGGAGCAGGAGAAAUAAUGGGUGUUCUCCUCAACCUCCUACGUCAGCUGCUAGCUCGGUAAGUGGACAAGGUGAGAGUAAAUCUAGAGACAGUCUGAAUGUCUCAAGAGAUAGUCCAAAAGCCACACCCCCUGACAGUAGUGGAGAAAUGGAGUGGGUGGUAAAACGACGGCCAGACGGAACUCGAUACAUCACGCGGCGUCCAAUGAAAAGCAAGCUCCUGAAAGAAAGGGCCAAGAAAAUUUCAGAGGAAAGAUGUGGAAUGACAACAGAUGAUGAUGCAAUGAGUGAAUUAAAAUUUGGACGUUAUUGGUCAAAGGAAGAGCGCAAGAAGCACUUGGAAAAGGCACGCGACCACAAACGAAAACGAGAAUGCUUGAUGAAAGCGAAAAUGGAGACCUUGAAAGAAGCUGAGGAAAAGAAAGAAGUAAACAUAGUCGAACUGAGUCAUCGGAAAAUGAUGAAGCAUAAAAAUAAGAAAGUGUUGGACAAUUUUGUGACUGUGCAGGAAAUGCUGGCUCAUGGGAGUCGUGUGUCUGAUGGGAAAACAUACAACCCGUUACUAUCUGUGACUACCGUUUGAUUUUAUUGGUGUGAUAGUGAAUGCUUGGACUAAUGGUUUGCAUAAAUGUGAUAUAUUGUGACAUGACGUGAUCAUUUAGUGCGGGGAAAAAAAAGAUUAUUGUUCAUAUAUAUAUUAAUGUAUUGUAUUCCUAUGGAAUGUAAAUAUUUCAAAGGAAAUUUUGUUUUAAGAAUGAAAACUGAUUUAAUCUGGCUGUGAGACAAAUGUGGUUGUCGUGCAUAAAUAUGAAAGAAAGCAAGGAAUGUUGUUAGAAACUCCAUGCUGCAUAUUGCAGCAGUAAAGUGCAAGUGCUGUAAGUCAUGAGUAAUUCAUUUGUAUGUGAUAUGUAAGUAGUGAUGUAAUGUAGAGUUCUGUUCAUGGAGAACUUCUUGACAGUGGUGGAAAGCAGGGAGAAUCCCUUUCCCCUCAUUUAUUCAUUGUUUUUUUUCUUCUUCAUAUUUUGUAUUGUUAAUAUUUAUUAAAAAUAAUUGUUUCAGAGAGGAUAUUAUUGAAAGCAAUAUAAUCAUGAAAAAUCCCAGAUGAUUGUAGUUUUGUUAAAUGUAUCCUGUUCUUGCAAAUCUUAAAAAUGCAAAUUACAAGCCUGUACAUGUAAUUGACAGAUGAUAUGAAUUCCAUGUUGUUUUCACCUUAUAGUCCCCUGCCUAUAUUGCUAUUUUUUCUGUCAGAAAUAUCAACUUUAUAUGAAGAGCACUAAUAUUAUAUCUAGUUUUUUUUUAAGUAAAUGAUAUCAAAAGAUAUAUGCUAGUCAAUUGCAGAUUCAUGUCAUUCUAGUACGUAUUAUUUGUGUGUUUUGUCUGUUUCUCAUCUCUGGAUUAGGAAAACACUGGAGAAUGAAAACAGCUGAACAUUUUCUUUGUAGAAGUGGACAUAACCUGUUAUCAUAGGAUUCAUUAUAAACAUUGUUGUCAGUCGGAACUGCAACACAUUGUCAUGGAAACAUUUUGAAAAUAUUUGUGCUUCAUUAUUUUCCUCAGAAUUCAGUGAUAUCAGAACUUGAAUAAAUUAUUGUUUUAUAUUUAUGAA